GUGUAUUCGUGCGAAAGUAAUCAUUCAAAGUACAUAAUAGUGAUUUACGAUCAGCCGCAUUGCAAAACACGGUUAAUUUCCAAACAACGUAUAUAUACAUCCAAAAGAAGUAAAAACAUAAGAAGGUAGAAACAGUUAAAAUGAAUCUCAAUUCUAUAUCUGACAAAAACACUGUGAGAGUGGGUAGGGGAAGAGGAAUAGCUCAAAGCUAUUUACCUCACAACAAAUGCCUUUGUGACAGACCACACUGUUUUGUGCUAUGCAAUGUUUGUGGCUAUUGGACAAAGGGCAGAGUGCGUUAUUUCUGCCCUGUUCAUCCAAAGAUAGUUUUUUUAUUUGACAUUGCACAAUGUCCCCAAUGCAAAUCCUAUGGUUUCAUGUUAAGUGAAUAUUAA